AUGGCGGAGACGCUGGUCGUGACGUCACCGGCGUCACACUCUCUCCUGUCGCCCGGCACGGAGGGGACGCGGAGGACUGAAUGGGAGAAAGUUCAGGCCUUUGCCCAAUUUGAUGCUGAAGGUGAUGGGACAGUUGAUGCUGAGAGCAUGUUGGAGGCCCUCAAGAAUUCCAGUGGAGCUAAUCUUCAGGGGGAGCUGAGUCACAUCAUCAGACAACUUCAAGCUUGUUCUCUUGUUCCAGGUUUCAUAGACAUUUUUUCGGAGUCCAAGGAAGGCCUGGGCGUUCACUCGUCAAUGAUCCUGCGCUUUUUGCACCGCAAUCGGCUCUCUAGUAUGGUCAUCCCCUACCCCAUGUUGGACCACUGCAAUAACAUGUGCACCAUGAGGGCUUCUGUUCUGAAGGAGUCUCUGGACGAACUGGUACAAAAAGAAAAAGAAAGCCCUGGAGAUCUAACUGGAAGCCCAGAGAUGGAUAAGCUCAAGUCAAUAGCAAAGUGCUAUGCUUAUAUAGAAACAUCCUCCAACCCUACAGACAUUGACAAGAUGACAAAUGGAGAAACAUCAUCUUACUGGCAGUCAGAUGGCAGUGCCCGCUCACACUGGAUUCGUUUAAAAAUGAAGCCAGAUGUGGUACUUAGGCACCUAUCCAUUGCAGUGGCUUCCACUGACCAGAGCUACAUGCCGCAGCAGGUGACAGUAGCAGUGGGAAGGAAUGCCAGCGAUCUUCAGGAAGUCCGUGACGUGCACAUUCCCAGCAAUGUCACUGGCUACGUGACACUGCUGGAAAAUGCUAACAUCAGUCAGCUCUAUGUUCAGAUUAACAUAAAGCGUUGUCUUAGUGAUGGAUGUGACACUAGAAUUCAUGGUCUGAGGGCUGUUGGCUUUCAGAGAGUUAAGAAGUCUGGGGUCUCAGUCUCAGAUGCUUCUGCAAUAUGGUAUUGGUCCCUGCUGACAUCUCUGGUGACGGCUUCCAUGGAGACAAAUCCAGCCUUUGUCCAGACAGUGCUGCGCAAUACUCAGAAGGCACUGCAGCACAUGCCUCCACUGUCCCUUUCACCAGGAUCUACAGAUGGCUCAACUUUCCUGUCUCCCAACGUUCUGGAAGAAGUGGACAGCUUCCUCAUAAGGAUAACUAGCUGCUGUUCUACCCCAGAUGUGGAGCUGACUCUCCUGGCUUUUGCACUAGCAAGAGGAAGUGUUGCUAAAGUGCUGAGCUCUCUGUGUACUGUCACAGACCACCUGGACACACACUAUGAUGCCUCGUCCCUCAUCUCAUCCAUGGCAUCAGUCAGGCAGAACCUACUCCUUAAAUAUGGUAAGCCUCUCCAGUUGACUUUGCAGGCCUGUGAUGUCAAAGGAAAAGAAGAGAAGUCGGGACCUGAAAACCUCCUUGUUGAACCAUGGACGAGGGAUGGUUUUCUCACAGAGACUGGAAAAACCAGAGCAAGUACUAUUUUUUCUACAGCAACUGAAUCUGCCCUCCAAGUUACACAGAUCAGAAUUAUGGUUCGACGUGGCGGCAUUGGUGCCCAGUGUGGGUUGAUAUUUGCCUAUAACUCAUCUUCCGAUAAAUUUCAUGCAGAAGAACACUUCAAAAGGUUUGAAAAAUAUGACAAAUGGAAACUUAAGGAAUUCAGGCAAUUUGUAAAAAGCAGGAUUGGUUGCUCACCUGAUGAUCUUGGAGAGGAUGAUCCUAUUGGCUGGUUUGAGCUGGAAGAAGAGUGGGAUGAAGCAGAGAUCAAGCUGCAGCAGUGCAGAGUUGCCAGAUACUUGAUGGUGAAGUUCCUCUGCACCCGUCAGGAGUCGGCAGAGCGCUUGGGAGUACAAGGCUUGAGCAUCAGUGGCUACCUCCGGCCUGCAAGAGCAGAAGCAGAACAGAGUGCCAUCUGUGCUCACUGCAGAAAGGACAUGGAGGAGAGUGUCUGCGGGGCCUCACUGCUCCUUAGGACCCUUCAGUUCAUCCAGCAGCUUGCCCAUGACCUGGUGCAGCAGAAGGAAAGUGGCUUAAAAUAUAAGUCUUUUCUGGACUUCGCGGGUCUUGAUUUGGAGAUCUUCUGGAAUUUUUACAGUAAAUUAAAGCAAAACCCGAGGGAAGAAUGCAUCUGUGCCCAAACCCUGCUUUUGCAGCUCCUUCAGAGCUGCUUCUUGGUGCUGCAGAGAGACGCCACGGCUGCCUCUGAGGAUGCAAAGGCUCCCCGCCAGAGCCCCCGGGCAGUGGAGGCCGCCAAGGAGCUCUAUACACACUUAUGUGAUGUGGUGGAUAGGGUGGAUGGAGACUCUGUGCCCAUGGAAAUACUAAAACAAGAAGUCAGGAAUACCCUUCUCAGUGGAGCUGCCAUCUUCUUUCCUGAUCGACAGACCCAGCGGAACCAUCUCUUCACCAUGAUGAAAAAUGUCACUGAGCAGGAACAUAAGCAAUCCCUGCAGCUCACUUUCCGCUCCCUGUGCACGUAUUUUAGUGAUAGGGACCCAGGCGGCCUUCUGCUUUUACCUGAGAAAGGCGACCUGGCCGACACGAACAUCGGUGAAGUCCUGGCCGUCAUGAGGACUCUCCUCUCUGUUGCUGCUCGCGAGUGUGAACUGUUGAUGCUCAACAAGGCCCAAGCGGAGGUUGGCUCUGUGCUCUUCUCCCUGUUCUGGUCUGUCCAAGGCAGCCUGCUCUCCUGGUGCUACCUGCAGCUGAAGAGCACAGAUCCUGGAGCCAAAGAGCUUGCCAUUGACCUUAUUGAAAAAUAUGUGGAACAGUUUCUGGGAAGCACAAGAUCGAUUUUGGAGUCCCUUUUGUCACAGUAUAGUGGAAAAACCAUAGUAGAAAAACUGUGUAAUUCGGUGUUUUCAAUGGCAGCUCGACAACUGGUAAUCUUUCUGCUGGACUUUUGCACUUUAGACAUUUCCCACUGCAAACUCUUGAGAGAAUUCAGUACCCUAACAGAGUUGUUGAAGAGGCUCUGCAGUGACCCUGAGGGAGGACUGAAUAAGCUGGAUGUCGAGACUUGGCAACAGGAACAGCCAGUAGUGUUACAUACAUGGACUAAGGAGUCUGCCCACAACUAUGAAAAUAAUUGCCACGAGGUGUCUGUCUUUGUUAGCCCAGGGGCAACCUAUUUUGAGGUGGAAUUUGAUGAGAGGUGUGAAACUGAAAAAAGGUAUGAUUAUCUGGAAUUUACCGACGCUAGAGGUGGAAAAACACGUUAUGACACAAAAGUUGGCACUGAUAAAUGGCCCAAGAAAGUGACCUUUAAGGCUGGUCCUCGGCUUCAGUUUCUCUUCCAUUCUGACAGCAGUAACAAUGAGUGGGGCUACAAAUUCACUGUUACUGCUUAUGGCCUGCCAGAUGUUGCCGUGUCUUGGGGGUUGGAUUUACAACUUCUUGUUUCCCGGCUGAUGGGACGUCUUGCUUCCCAGUGCAUGGCGCUCAAGUCUGUGCAUCAGUUAGGAAGUAACAUGGCAGUACCUCAGGCAAAAAUGGCAUUAGUCCUAAACUCCCCCUUGUGGAAACCUGUCUUCAGGCAUCAGAUAUGUCCAGAGUUGGGACUAGAAGCAAGCUGGCCCACUCAUCCACAACAAGAUAGUAAGGAGGUUAAGAACAUCCCUGAUGAUCCCUGCCACCGUUUUCUUCUUGAUUUUGCACAGUCAGAUCCUGCCCAGAACUUCUGUGGGCCAUAUUCAGAACUUUUCAAAGGAUUCAUACAGGCAUGUAGAAAACAGGCCCCAAAGACAGAUAUAGUUGCUGGUUCCACUAUUGAUCAAGCUGUGAACGCCACCUUUGCUGCUCUGGUGUAUCGCACUCCAGACUUAUAUGAGAAGCUGCAAAAAUAUGUAAACAGUGGGGGCACGACAGCCCUGAGUGAGGAGUUUGCUCAGGUGUAUUCCUUGGCAGAUGGGAUUCGAAUAUGGAUGUUAGAGAUAAAGCAGAAGUCCCUGGUGAGCCUGGGGAAUGAGGCAGAAGAAAAACGCGGGUCAGAAGCUGCUGAGGCAAACCCUGAGAGCCUGGCAAAAGAAUGUAUUCAGAAGAGUCUUCUGUUAUUAAAAUUUUUGUCCAUGGGUAUAAGUUCAAAAGAAAGCUCUGACAAGUUGGUGACUACAGAUGAACCUGAUCACCAUCUGCAGCCACUUGACAAGCGCCAGAGGACAAGCUCUGUGGUGGAAGAGCAUUUCCAAGCCUCGGCAUCUCCCACGGACACAGCGCCCCCUGCUGCGGGAGACAGGAGUCCUGGCUUGGAUGUCCAGCCGAAGCUGCCACCCAGCAGUGGCCCUCCUGCCACAGAAGUGUCCUCUGCCACAGCCGAAGAGCCCUCUUCACCUUCCACUCCCACUCGGCGGCCCCCCUUCACCCGAGGGCGACUCCGGCUGCUCUCCUUCCGGUCAAUGGAGGAAGCCGAGGAGGCCAGACCAGUUCCCACAGUGAAAGAGAAAUACCCUGUGCUGAGGGAUGUGAUGGACUUCAUCAAAGAUCAGUCACUCUCCCAUGAGAGUGUUGUAAAGGUUCUUUCCUUGAGAAAAGCCCAAGCCCAGAGCAUCCUUGAAGUCCUGAAGAUAAUUCAGUAUUGUGCAGAAGCCCUUGGGCAGCCGCAUUGCUUCCAUCCACCUUACAUACUUUUCCUGUUGGAACUUCUGACCUGCCAGAAAGAGUUCACCAAUUAUUUUGGACAUUUGGAAGGCUGUGGUGCAGCUCUACACAAAGAAAUUCGAGACACUUACUAUCGAUUUGUUCUCUUUAUGGUCAAAGCGAUUAAAGGAUUUAGUAGCAUAAAUGAAGCCUUAUCCUGUGUUCAGACAGCUCUACUUCAUCUCUUGGAUAUGGGCUGGGAACCCAGUGAUCUCACCUUCUUUGUUGACAUUCAGUUACCAGAUCUCCUCAUGAAAAUGUCACAAGAAAAUAUAAGUGUCCAUGACAGUGUGAUCAGCCAAUGGAGUGAAGAAGAUGAGCUUGCUGAUGCCAAGCAGAAUUCAGAAUGGAUGGAUGAGUGUCAGGAUGGCAUGUUUGAGACCUGGUAUGAAAAAAUAGCCCAGGAAGAUCCAGAGAAGCAGAGGAAAAUGCACAUGUUUAUUGCUCGCUACUGUGACCUGUUAAAUGUGGACAUCUCUUGUGAUGGGUGUGAUGAGAUUGCCCCCUGGCAUCGCUACCGGUGCCUGCAGUGCAGUGACAUGGAUCUCUGCAAAACUUGCUUCCUAGGUGGGGUGAAGCCUGAGGGCCACGGAGAUGACCACGAAAUGGUCAACAUGGAGUUUACCUGUGACCACUGCCAGGGUUUGAUCAUAGGCCGGAGGAUGAAUUGCAAUGUGUGCGAUGACUUUGACCUUUGCUAUGGAUGCUAUGCAGCAAAGAAAUAUUCCUAUGGCCAUUUGCCUACCCACAGUAUCACGGCCCACCCGAUGGUGACCAUCCGGAGCAGUGACCGGCAGAGGCUCAUCCAGCCCUACAUCCACAACUAUGCCUGGCUGCUCUUUGCCGCCCUGGCUCUCUAUAGCGCCCACCUGGCCAGCUCAGAGGAAGUGGAUGGUGAGAAGCUGGAUCCCCGGGCCCGCAGCUGUGCCGUCACCCUGCGGAGCCAGUGCAUGCAGCUUGUCGGGGACUGUCUCAUGAAGGCUCACCAGGGAAAAGGUCUUAAAGCUCUAGCUCUUCUUGGUGUGUUGCCAGAUGGUAACUCUACUCCAGGAAAUCAAGCCCCACCAGUGAUCGUGCCCACCCGAACGGCAGAGGAGCAGCUGGAGAAGGAAGCUGUCCAGGUUGCUGAGGAGCCGGCAGAUACAGGCCCUUUUGUGCACUGCAAUGAUCCCACAGUCCCCCUGAUAGACCUGGAGCACGUCCUCCCACUCAUGUUUCAGGUUGUCAUCUCAAACGCAGGCCACCUGAAUGAAACCUACCACCUCACGUUGGGUCUUCUUGGCCAGUUAAUAAUCCGCCUUUUGCCAUCAGAGGUAGAUGCCGCAGUGAUCAAGGUCCUCUCAGCCAAACACAACCUAUUUGCUGCAGGGGACAAUUCCAUUAUGCCAGAUGGCUGGAAGACCACCCACCUACUCUUUAGCCUGGGAGCUGUGUGUCUGGACAGCCGGGUGGGUUUGGACUGGGCGUGCUCCAUGGCAGAGAUCCUGCGGUCACUCAACAGUGCCCCAUUGUGGCGCGACGUCAUUGCCACCUUCACAGACCACUGCAUCAAGCAGUUGCCUUUCCAGCUGAAGCACACCAACAUCUUCAGCCUGCUAGUGCUGGUCGGCUUUCCCCAGGUUCUCUGUGUGGGGACCCGCUGUGUUUAUAUGGAUAAUGCCAAUGAGCCACAUAAUGUGAUCAUCUUGAAGCACUUUACUGAGAAAAACAGGGCUGUGAUUGUUGACGUCAAAACCCGGAAAAGGAAAACAGUGAAGGACUACCAGCUGGUCCAGAAAGGAGGAGGACAGGAAUGCAGUGACUCUCAGGCCCAAUUGAGCCAAUAUUCCCAGCACUUUGCCUUUAUCGCCAGUCACCUUCUGCAAACCAGCAUGGACAGCCAUUGUCCUGAGGCAGUGGAAGCAACUUGGGUCCUGUCCCUGGCCCUCAAAGGAUUAUAUAAAACACUAAAGGCUCAUGAUUUUGAAGAGACCCAUGCUACCUUCCUUCAGACUGAUUUGCUGAAGCUACUGGUGAAAAAGUGCAGCAAAGGGACUGGUUUCAGUAAAACGUGGCUCCUCCGGGACCUGGAAAUCUUGUCCAUCAUGCUGUACUCCUCAAAAAAGGAGAUCAACACUUUGGCUGAGCAUGGAGACUUGGAGUCGGAUGAGCGAGGGGACCAAGAGGAGGAGGUGGAACGGUCCGUCAGCAGCCCGAGUGAGCCAGAGCAGAAAAAGCUAGACCCUCUGGAAAGCCUGGAUGAGCCCACCAGAAUAUGUUUCCUGAUGGCUCACGAUGCCCUCAACGCCCCUCUGCACAUUCUCCGGGCCAUCUACGAGCUACAGAUGAAAAGGACCGAUUCGUUCUUCCUGGAGGUCCAGAAGAGGUUUGAUGGCGAUGAGCUCACCACGGAUGAAAGGAUACGGGCCCUGGCUCAGAAGUGGCAGCCCAGUAGGAGCCUGAGACUGGAGGAGCAGAGUGCCAAAGCUGUGGAUACAGACAUGAUUAUCUUACCGUGCUUGUCCCAGCCCACUCGCUGUGACAAGGCCACGGCUGAAUCAAACCCCGUGACCCAGAAGCUGAUCUCCAGCACGGAGAGUGAACUGCAGCAGAGCUACGCCAAGCAGCGGCGUACUAAGAGCGCCGCCCUCCUGCACAAGGAACUGAACUGCAAGAGCAAGAGGGCAGUCCGGGACUACCUUUUCCGGGUGAAUGAGGCCACGGCAAUCCUGUAUGCCCGCCAUGUGCUCGCAUCCUUGCUUGCUGAGUGGCCUGGGCACGUGCCAGUGAGCGAGGACAUCCUGGAGCUAAGUGGCCCUGCCCAUAUGACCUACAUUUUUGACAUGUUCAUGCAGCUGGAAGAAAAGCACCGGUGGGAGAAGAUCCUGCAGAAGGUGCUCCAAGGCUGCCGAGAGAACAUGCUGGGGACCAUGGCCCUGGCUGCCUGCCAGUUCAUGGAGGAGCCAGGAAUGGAAGUGCAAGUGAGAGAGUCCAAACACCCAUAUAACAACAACACCAACUUUGAGGAUAAAGUUCACAUUCCUGGUGCAAUCUACCUCUCAAUCAAAUUUGAUCCUCAGUGCAAUACAGAGGAAGGCUGUGACGAAUUAGCCAUGUCCAGCAGCAGUGACUUCCAACAGGAUCGACAUAACUUCAGUGGGUCUCAACAGAAAUGGAAAGAUUUUGAGCUUCCAGGAGAUACUUUGUAUUACCGCUUCACCUCUGACAUGAGCAACACCGAGUGGGGCUACAAGUUCACGGUGACGGCUGGACACCUGGGGCGAUUCCAGACAGGAUUUGAGAUUUUGAAGCAAAUGUUGUCAGAAGAAAGAGUUGUGCCGCACCUUCCCUUGGCCAAAAUUUGGGAAUGGCUGGUAGGCGUGGCCUGUCGCCAGACUGGUCAUCAGCGACUAAAAGCCAUUCACCUACUUCUGAGGAUUGUGCUGUGCUGCAACCACAGCGACCUCUGUGACCUUUCGCUGUUAAAGCCCCUGUGGCAGCUCUUCACCCACAUGGAGUACAGCCUGUUUGAGGACGUGACACAGCCGGGCAUCCUCCUCCCCCUGCACCGCGCCCUCACUGAGCUCUUCUUCGUCACCGAGAACCGCGCCCAGGAGCUCGGCUUGCUGCAGGAUUACCUGCUGGCCUUAACCACCGACGACCACCUUCUCCGCUGUGCAGCACAGGCUCUGCAGAACAUCGCUGCUAUCAGCCUCGCCAUCAACUACCCAAACAAGGCAACCUGCCUCUGGAAUGCCGACUGCUAGCUCCUGGGAGGCCUGCAUGGAACCAGCGAAUCUGACCCCGGGGUUUUAGAGCAGAAAUCCAAACUCAUUCAGGAAAAUCCCUGCAGCGCCAGCGCCUGGCUUUCCUUGAGCUCCACUUCUACUCCGAUCAGAUUGCCCAACAGGCUGGACACCGGCACGUACCGUAGCAUGUGAGGAUAAGCAAAGCAGUGCAGCACUAUCCAGAGAGGGUGUUCAGAGUCGCUUUCUCCAGGGUCUGUCUCGGCUGAGCUGGAGCUGCCCGCACGUGCCCUCCGGGUGAAGACCAGUCUGCAGAGCCGCCUUUCUCGGCAGGGCCCACAGCGGCGGCCUAGGAGCGCCUCUCUUGCUUUAGCUUUCUGAGACUGGGCCAUCCCACCUGAAGUCAGUGAGAGCCCGCCUGCCACCACCCGGUUCCCAGCAUUUAGUACGGGGCCAGGUGCCGCGCCAGCUCCCUAGCCAAGGCCGUCCCAGAGAAAUCCUCGGUGGGAACACAUGAGAACAUGUGCCCUGGGAACAGCACAGGCCGCCCAAGGGCGUCUGCUCAUGCUCCCAGCACAUCCAGGUUUUUUCAGUUGUUUUAACAUAUUUUUGUUUUUAGAACAGAACUGCACUGCCUCCCUGAGAGGGCGUCAGGAGAGUGGCCAGUGGCCCAGGCACUCAGGCAAACUGGUUUGUGUGAAAGCAGCAGAACUAAGGAAUCUCUUUAGUUUCUGUGCCUGAAAAGACCUGAAAUGUCACCAGAGGAUCUUAUUUUGGAAGUCACACAAACAAGCAGACCCAAUGAUUUUCUUUCUGCUCCGUGGCCACAGGAACUCAUCACACCCCUCGGAGCUCUGCGCAGUCACUUGGCUGUCACUUGUCCAGCAAUAACUACAUUCGUUCCAAUGAAUGCUGUUUCCACUUUUCUUUUUAUGGUUGUAGUCUUGCCCUGAAGUGCUGAUUAUUACUCUUUCCAAAGCCACACUCUGGAGCGUGAAGCCAGAUUGGCAUGCGGAACGUAUGUAAGCCUCAGUGGGACUUGUGGGCAUAAGAAAUGCCUGAGGCUGCUGCCAUUUAAGGGCUGGUGUCUGGGCCUGAGCACGUCCCACAGGCGGGACCAAACCCCAGUCAGGCUGGUCGUAGCCAGGGCCAAGGUGAGCAGGUCAGCACGGCCGUGGCCUCCAAAGCCCCUCUGCAGGCUCCACAGGUAUCUGCACAGGAGAGGCCAAGGCUGCGGGUCCCGGGAAGGCCUUCCUGCACGGGCACUGCUGCCUUCUGGCUCUGGAGGCCCAGGCGUAGCGACCUUCUGCAGCCCAGCUCUCCAUCCUCAGCCAGGCCCAGCUGCGUGUGGAGCCGUGGGGAAGGGAGAAUUCAAAGGAGACAGAAACGGAUGGGGCAGGUCCCGAACUUGGUGACCUGGGGCUCCUCACCCUGACCUGGUCUCCCGGGGUGUUGGGAUGUGGUGAGACAGGCGCUGCCAGCUUGGUAGAAACCCUUUCUCCUCUUUUGCUCUGCCUGCAUCCCCAGAGGAGGCCCCACGCUCCAUACACCCAGACCCAAGUAGGAGUCACCGUGAGGAGGGAAGUCACAGGACAAAGAGGUCCCCACCGCGGGCUCAGACUCACUGACGGACUCCCUGCCUGGAAGACAGACAAGCAGAUGGUGCCACUCACUGCUUAACCUCGCCUCGCCACCCCCACCCCUCCCACCUCAGACUGAUGCGCGGUGGAGUGGGGACAGACGGGCAGGUGUCACACCCUCAUGGCAGUUGCCACCAGCUUUACCCCCUUGCUCCCAUCAGGAAAAUAAGUUGUAAAUAAACACUGGACUCCUCAUAGCUUCUCUCUAUACACCACCCUUGCUGUUCUGGUCUCUUUAAUUUGCAUAGAACAAGCCUAAGUUUUCCCUUCAGACACAACUGCUGCUCUCUCCUGGCAGGGCCCGCCUGGCCCAGCAUCCCUGCAUCCCGCCCUGCCUCUGCUUCCAGCCCGCAGGUGGCGCUGCCGAGCCAGGCCCUGCUCUCCUGGCCCUCGUGACGCUGGUGACUCCCUCGGCUCCUGGUCCCCAGUCGGUGCCAGCAGUAUCUGAGAGAACAGAUUUCCAUGAAGACCAACACCCCUUUGACUGCCUGGAAUGAGAUAACACUGGCAGGAAUAAAGGUGUUGUGGAAACAUGUGCCUAAUCUAUAAAGAAAUUUCUGCUCCAAAUCAUGUAUAAUGAACAAACAGACACUGUUCCUAAUGAGGAGUGACUUAUUUUCAUCAUCGUUUUUAAUUUGUUUUCUUACGGGUUUACGAUUUUGAAUUUUUCCUAUUUGGUUGAAAGAAUUUUGAUUAUAUGAGCUGUGUUCAGCCUGUAAAAAGGAUGUUAAGUUGUGGUUAAAUAUGCAAAUGAAAAGAAAUAUAUUGUACAAAUUCUAUAUAAAAAA